AUGAAGGAGCUGGGUGGCAGUGGCCGUGGCCGUGGCAGUGGCAGCGGACCGGGAGCUACGCUUGUUCAGUUUGGCAGCACGGGUACUGGCUCACUCGUCCCGAGAUACUGUACGGUACUGUACUGUGCUGUAAUGAAGCGAUGCGAUGAUGCUAUGCAGGUUGGGUACGUCUCCGUAGGUUGAAGCCCCAUAGUCCCGACGAUCUCCUGCAAUUGGAACGGCUAAGAGAGUUUGCGGUGAAAAUGAACAACUUGGCCCUGCAUCUUCGUCAUCGGCCUGGGAACAUCUGGUCGAGGUCACAAAGAAGACUUUACGAUGGACCAGUGCAGCUCAGUGACCGGGGUUCCCCAAUCAUUCAUGUGAACAUUCACUGCACUGCGCACCUCCCUGCAUCAGGAACCGGAGCGGCCUUUGGGCGGCCUGCGAGUCUGCGGCUACAGUGUGGGAGAGGCUACGACUACAAGUACGGUACGACAACCCAAGCAUCUGGUAUCAAUGGUUUGUAUCAAUGGUAUCGAUGGCAUCAGUGGUGUGUUGGCGCUUUUGAUUGUCCUUCAAUGCCUGGUGAUGCCCCGUGGCCGGCGCGUCAGCACUUCCGCGUCGAGUUGCAAGGAGAAGCCGCAGUUUGCUCAGAGGGUCUCCCAGUCUCCAAGCCAGGCUCCCAGGCACCCCGACCCCAACCUGGAAUAGCACCGCCGUUUCCAUUUUCCGUCAGUGCAGAAAAAGGCGGAUAUGGAUGCAUUGCGAGUCGUCUUGGGCAUCAUUCCAAGAAUAUAAAAUUGCACUCAGCAUGCUAUCUACUCUACACAAACCUCGGCGACACCGCUACACUACAGAAUCGGUAG